AGCGGCCCUGCGCACAGUGAGGCAGUGGCGGGGGAAGGCACCGGUGGGGCCGACUGGCGGGUUGAAGGAGGGAAGCGGGCGAGCGAAGUCCCAGUGCGCGCCGCGGCGGCCCGGGUACCCUCCCCUUCCGGGCUUGAGGCGCUGUGAGAAGAGUCGAACCGAGUGGAACCGCACCGGCGAGGUGCCGCUCUCGCUGCCCGAGCCCGGCCUCCCUUGGCUUCCGCGAUCCGGUCGCGGGGCCCGUGUUCCUCAGCACACCCAGCUCCAGCCGCCCCCAGAGCCUGUCCCUAACCCUUCGGAAGCCCCGGCGCCAGCCCGGGCCCUUGGCGGGGAGGAUGACGGAGCUGCAGUCGGCGCUGCUACUGCGAAGACAGCUGGCAGAACUCAACAAAAAUCCAGUGGAAGGCUUUUCAGCAGGUUUAAUAGAUGACAAUGAUCUCUAUCGAUGGGAAGUCCUUAUUAUUGGUCCUCCAGACACACUUUAUGAAGGUGGUGUUUUUAAGGCUCAUCUCACUUUCCCAAAAGAUUAUCCCCUCCGGCCUCCUAAAAUGAAAUUCAUUACAGAAAUCUGGCACCCAAAUGUUGAUAAAAAUGGUGAUGUUUGCAUUUCUAUUCUUCAUGAGCCUGGGGAGGAUAAAUAUGGUUAUGAAAAGCCAGAGGAACGCUGGCUUCCUAUCCACACUGUGGAAACCAUCAUGAUUAGUGUCAUUUCUAUGCUGGCAGACCCUAAUGGAGAUUCACCUGCUAAUGUCGAUGCUGCGAAAGAAUGGAGGGAAGACAGAAACGGAGAAUUUAAAAGGAAAGUUGCACGCUGUGUAAGAAAAAGCCAAGAGACUGCUUUUGAGUGACAUUUAUUCAGCAGCUAGUAAUUUCACUUAUUUCAGGGUCUUCAAUUGAGAAACAUGGCACUGUUUUUCCUGCACUCUACCCACCUAUAUUGCUGGACUUCUGUUGUAACAAGUUGGCAAAACACUGGCUGGAACUGGGCUGCAAUAAAACAUGCCAGUUAUCAAUGCUGACAAGAGCCUAACAAGUGCCAACUUACAGAUGAUUACGCAUUUUGAAUUCUAAUGAACUGUUUUAACCUUCAGGAAGAAUUGUAAAGACGUGUACAUAGCACAACAUGAUCCGGAUAAUAUAUAUACUGUUCAUGUACAUCCACAAAUACACCUUGUACCAAAUAAUGCUUUCUUGUAGUAGAAUAAGACUCGUGUAAAUUCUAAAAAGAUUUUAGCAGGUUUUCUUUCCCUAUUCAUUGUUUCUUAUCAGUUUAAAAAGACUCCUUAAAGCAUGUCAGAUGAAAAGCAAUUAGGAUUAAAAGUUUCCAUUUAAUUUCCUUUAAACCAUUGAGGCUUCAUUAAACCCUUGUCACUUACUAAACUUUUGUAUCUUCUUUGUUUUGACAGUCCCCUUUGCUUUUAUCUCUUCUAUCUGCCAGAAAGUUCUCAGAUGAUUUAGUUCAAAUACGGAAAUACUUAAUAAGCAAUUACUUGAUUUUUAAUGAUGACUUCAGAGGAGUGGUCAUCACUAGGUGCUUUGUCUUUUUGUAUUCUAGUUGCACCCAUCUCUUGGAUUGGAUGUAGCAAUAACAUUUUCUGGCUGUUGAGAGCUCUUGAACCUAGACAUUAUCCCAAGAACUUAAAAAAAAAAAGUUGGUUCUAAAUUCAACUUACUGAAAUUUACCCCAAAUAAUACAAAAUUCUGAUUUGGUUUUAUUUUUGCCCUUCAGUUGACUUAAUGUUAAGUUUGGAUAAAUAAAGCAUGCACAACUACAAGCUUUUUACUUCUUGGUUUGCUAUUAAGAAUGCUAUUUGCCCUUAUAUCCUCCUUAAUCCUUCAUAUUUCUUUGUCUCUAUUCUUCAAUACUAGAGAUUUUUCUCACCUAUUGUACAAAGAAAUUGCGAUGUAUAUUUUCAUGUAAUUUGAUUUUGGAAUUCUGUCACCUUAUGUAGUGAGUUCUUCCAAAAUAUAAUUUUUUUUCCAAUAA